AGAGGGUCCAAGAAGGGACGUUAUCAGGCCACUUUUUGGGUGGAGAAGGAGGUAGUCAGACCGUGGCCAAAUUUCCUUCACAUUGUCCUUGCAUAUUUUCAUUCUGGUGUUAGCUCUUACGCUUCUCCAAGCGGUGACUCUUACGCUUUAUAGAGUGGGGAAGAGGGCCUGGGUAUGUGAGGCAAGAAGGGAAGGCAAUGGACAAGAGAAAAGAAGAGACUUUAAAAGAUGCUUAAAGAAAAGGAUAGAUUAAAACCUAAAAAGAAAGAAAAGAAGGAUCCCAGCGCGUUAAAGGAAAGAGAAGUUCCCCAACACCCUUCCUGCUUAUUUUUCCAAUAUAAUACACAGCUGGGCCCCCCUUACCACAUCCUCGUUGAUACCAACUUUAUCAACUUUUCCAUAAAAGCCAAACUGGACUUAGUGCAGUCAAUGAUGGACUGUCUGUAUGCCAAGUGUAUCCCUUGUAUAACCGAUUGUGUAAUGGCUGAAAUUGAGAAAUUGGGGCAGAAGUAUCGAGUGGCUCUAAGGAUUGCCAAGGAUCCAAGAUUUGAACGAUUACCAUGUACACACAAAGGAACCUAUGCAGAUGACUGCUUAGUACAGAGAGUAACUCAGCAUAAGUGUUACAUUGUGGCCACAGUUGACCGGGACCUUAAAAGAAGAAUCCGUAAGAUUCCUGGAGUUCCUAUCAUGUACAUUUCUAACCAUAGAUACAACAUUGAACGGAUGCCAGAUGAUUAUGGAGCCCCUCGAUUCUAAUUCUUACAAGACACAGUUCCUCUGCCUUUCUUCGACCAACUUUCUCUUGUUGCCAGUUCAUUACACAUAAUGUAGCAGGAUUUUUAAGGAAUCAGAGAGACCGAUGGAGUUCAGGAAGAUAUUUAUUAUUUAGGUGCACUGGCCCAGUCGGAUUAACAUCCAAAGGACCGAGCCCUGAACAAAGAGUUAAGAGUUAAGUUACCUUUUAAGCAAUUUGUGGGGCGGGGGGUGGGGGGGGUGGAAUCUGCGCACGGGAAGCAUAUUACAGAAGCGAGAAAGACAGUUAUUCAAUUAACUGAGACAUGCAUUACAUCAUUUCUUACUUUUCAAGGAAAAUCAUGUUUUACGACUUGAGUUUAUCUGUCUAGUUACCUUGCAGCUGCACAGCUAGAGAAACAGGGUAUUUACAAUGCCUGGGAAAGGAGGAGAGAUAAGGCUCACUAGCCACAGAAAAACAGGCAGUUAAUUUUUAAAGGACUCCAGCUCUUUCUGUUUCUCACAGUGAAUUGGGUUUUCUUACAUACAACUGAGUUUCUGCUUACACAUUUUUUAAUUUCUUUUAAUUCCUUUUCCAAUGCAGUAGCAUGAAUUAUUAUUCUCUUGACCUAUUUGCCUUACUAUGAGCUGAGGGUAGUUAAAUAUGCUCAGUCCUUUUUUUUUUUUUUUCUUGAGAUGAAGUUUUGCUCUGCCACCAGGCUGGAGUGCAGUGGUGCA